GGUCGGUGCGCGCGAGAACGCAACUUCGGGAUUUCGGCGAGCAGGCAGCAAGCCAAGCAGCUAGGACAAGCUGCACGUGCCAAUUUCAAAACUUUAGUUUUUCUAAGCCAAAGCAUGGCACAUAUCGACGAGUGUCAACAGAAAAUGGAUGACUUUCUCGACUCUGUGGGUUACUGGAGAAAACAAAUUGCUGCCGACGGCUCGUGUCUCUUCCGAGCUGUCUCUGAACACGUAUAUCGCACUCAGAGCAAUCAUGAAAUGGUACGGCUCACCUGCGUUCAUUACAUUAGAGAGAACAGGGGAACAUACGAGCCCUUUAUUGAUGGCGAUUUUGACAAAUAUUUGGACACAGCCAAGAACCCCAAGACAUGGGGUGGUCACUUGGAGAUGCACGCUAUGGCAGUUUUGUACAAGAAGGACUUCCUCAUUUUUGACAAGGUUGGUAAAGAUCCAUAUUUAGCGACCGAAAAUGGACAUAAAAAAUACAUAACGUUGUGUUACGUCCAAGGCAGCCACUACGACUGCGUCUACCCCAAACACACGCUCUACGCUGCUGCCAUCUGUCAAUCCAUAGUGUAUGAUGUCCUUUAUAAGGACGUUUUUCAACUGGGAAGUGACGUGGACACUGCAGUUCAGAAGAUGCUCUACGACAAAACAUACUUCAAGCACAAGAAGAACAUGACGUUUGAGCAGUGGAAAGAGAGUGUCAAGUUCGGUACGGAGGUGAAUGCGAUCUCUGAGGAAGAACAGGUAGCGAAGGCCCUUGACCCAACCAUCUAUCGCAACGUGGAGUUUGACAUUUGGAAUGAGGUGGAGAAAGAAAGGAUACGCAACGAACAGAUGGUCAUCCCAGAGCUGGGGCCUGGUGUCAAGUGCUUGGUGCGGCUGGAAAGGGAUAAAGGUAGCGCCACCUUCCAGGGACAUGUCCAGAAGAUGGAGCCCAACUGUGGUCUCGUCACGGUGUUUAUUGAGAAGCUUGGCGAAAUGUGUACCGUGGCCUACGAAAGUGUCGAAGCCCUCCCGCUUCCUGCUCGUAAAGCUGUCACGUGGCGUACCUGCAAGAUGCGCAGUGUCCUGCAGAAAUCCAUCCUUCCCGACUUGCAAGAGGUACACAAGUGCAACCGUAGGGUGCAUCGUAAGGGGGGCAAAGGUCUCUCCUUCCUAUUCCCUCCCCCUCUGGACUUGAGUGGAGUGUCUGCUUCAUUCAAAGCAGCCUUUUGCACAGAGGCCAAACCCUGUUCACCCGAUUCCUGGGAACCCGUGAGUGGAAGCCCCAGUAGCCCUCCAACACCCCCACAGCCCAUCUGUUGGCAACAGUGGCCCGCUCCUCUUCUGACUACAACCCAGGCUCAAUCACCGGAGAGCCCUGCCGUGCUACAGGAUAGCGGGAGUUUGCAGGGCCCAGGAACUCCAGAGCAGACGUUGUACUUGGAUUCUCCGGAACCGAGUUUCUUCUCACCGACCGGACGGAUCUCCUACUACGAUCCCGCGAUGGGGCCUCUCCUUUCUUAUGUUGUUCCAUCUCCGAAGCCACUGUACAUAAACUACAACAGCAACGCAACGAACGAUAUAUCCCUGGGGUCACAGGAGGAGGCACCCCCUUCACCCCCGCUCCUAACUCCUCCGCCUGCCCUGGGAAUCCUGCCCUUUGAGUCCCCCGUUCCCGGUGUCGACCUCGCAGCCCACAAGUCUCUCGACCCCAGCGGGAGCGACCUUCCCCGAGAUGUCCUAACGCUGAGGUGGUUUUACAACAUCGGCUGCGAUUACUUCCGCUGGUGCACGGGGCAGCCGUUUCUGGUUCCCCCAAGUGGAGGCUUUGCAGCAUUCUUUUCCGAUGCUUUCCCCCUCAUUGAAGGAACAGGUGGAAUCUCACCCAUACCUACGGAUGGGUCCUCGCCAGUGGGAGGCAACUUCUCAACCAUGGUGACGUCUCAACUGGCGCCGCAAUGAGCCUUUCUCGGACAGCUGUAAAAAUUGAAGAUGAUUCGCAUUUUUGUUAUCUGCCACUAGGGGGGCCCAUUAUGUGAUACUAUUUCAGGGGAGCAAUAUGUCUGCCUUCUUAGGUGUCUGUAAUUUGUUCUCAGGCUGGUCCAGGAAGAAUGUACUCGAAAACAUAAUAACGUUAAUAGAAUUUGCAUGUUUUUCUGCUGUAGUAACAUUUAGUUUCAAUAGCCAUCUUGUUGAGAGCUGGCGCUAUUGAAAUGAUAUGCCUUUUUGAUAGGAUGUCUUCCGCAAUUAUGGUAAAAUAGUGAGAACAGUGGACUAUGUCAGUUGCUGAUGCUCAAUUGAGCGGUUUAUUGAAAUUGGACCAGUCAUUUUUCCACGUACACUUCUAUUCCUUUGUAUUGUUUUGCCUCUACCUGGCGAUAUAUGUUCCGCUAAUCUCAUUGGUCUUCUGUUGCCGAUAAGAUAGUGAUCGGGUUGCACCCCGCGGAAAAUGUGAUUAAAUGGGACCACUGGGUCAGUAUUAAGUUAACUUUCCAUGUGCCAUGUUGUAACCUAGUUGAACCAAGGAUUAUGUUAUCUCAUCUAUUUCUAGUCGUUUUCAGCUUUGAUAUAGUGCCACCAAUAUCGUGUGUAUUCCUAGAAUUGUUGUUGCUAUGUUUUGUAAUAAUAAGAGAGAGUUAAUUUGUUUUAUAUGAUAAAAACGGGUUAAAAACGCUAAAACGACAAGGACAAAGAGUG